AUGAAAAUGUUCCUUCUCCUUCUCUUCUUGUGUUCCUUAACGAGAUCUUCAACUUCAAAAAAUGCAACUCGCGAUCAUCUUCCAAGAGGUUCCGCUCUAUCCGUGGAAGCUCACGAUUCACGCGUCAUAGUUUCUGCGGACAACUCUUUCACGUGUGGCUUCUAUGGCUUCCAAACCAACGCUUACUGGUUUGCAAUCUGGCUCACCAACUCCAAAGACCGCACCAUUGUUUGGGCUGCUAACCGCAACACACCUGUCAACGGACGUGGCUCAAAGCUAAUGUUUUCGAGAAAAGGAGCCAUGGUUUUGACCGACGUGGGUGGCACGAUCGUUUGGGAGACCAACACAACACCGACGGAUGCGGAUAGAGCAGUGCUGCUUAACACAGGUAAUCUGGUAUUGAAGAACCAAAAAGAUGAGAUUAUUUGGCAAAGCUUUGAUCAUCCGACUGAUACUCUUUUGCCUUCUCAAACACUAACAAAAACCAAAAGCUUGAUAUCUGUUUUGAGAAAAGGAAGUCUCGAAUCUGGGUAUUUUGGUUUGGGCUUCAACAGUAUUAACGUUUUAACGCUGAUUUACGAUGGCCCAGAAAUCUCGAGUGUAUACUGGCCUAGUCCUGAUCCCGGUUUUAACGUUUUUGCUUUUGGAAGAACCUCUUACAACAGUAGCAGAAUUGCAGCCUUCAACGAUCUGGGCGUCUUUAAUUCCAGCGAUGGGUUGAAUUUUACUGCUAUAGACAUGGGUUUGGGGAUCAGAAGGAAGCUAACCCUCGACUCUGACGGUAACCUCAGACUCUAUAGCUUGAACGAGUCAAGCGGAUUGUGGUCAAUCUCAUGGCAAGCUAUUUCGCAACCAUGCAAUAUUCAUGGAAUAUGUGGGCGAAAUGGCAUUUGUAUCCAUGGAGACAAACCCGAGUGCUCAUGCCCCCCUGGUUACGAGUUGAGUGACCCUGCUGACUUAACCCAGGGUUGUAAGCCUACUUUCAACAUGACAUGUAGUGGAAACUCAACAAGGUUUGAAUUCUUUCCAUUGUCAUAUACUGAUUACUAUGGCUUUGAUCUGCACUUCAAGGCCCCCAUUUCGUUUGACGCAUGUAGAGACAUCUGCUUGGCAGAUUGUAGCUGUCAAGCGUUUAGUUACCGGCUAUCAGGCGAAGGGGUUUGCUUUGCGAAAAGUGCCCUUUUCAACGGAUACCAUUAUCCUCAAAUCCUUGGGACCAUCUACUUUAAAGUACCCGCAAGCAUUAAACCAUCCGAAUCAGCCAGAAUCCUGACUGGCUCUAACACCACAUGUACAAACGUUACAUCGAUUCUGGGUUCUCCAUCUAUGUAUAGAUCAACUGGCACAAAGUUGCAUUGGGUGUACGCUUACUCGUUCGCGAUAGCUAUUGGUGUAGUUGAAGCUCUAGUUAUCUUAUUAGGGUGCUGGCUAUUCUUUGGAAAGAACCAGUUGCUAGCCAACUUAGAAGACGGGUACCGUGUGAUGUCUGGUCAGUUUAGGGGCUUUAGCUAUGAAGAACCGGUGAAGGCGACACAGAACUUUAAGGUAGAGAUAGGGAGAGGAGGGUCAGGAGUUGUUUAUAAAGGGGUCCUGGAAGACGAAAGGGUGGUUGCGGUGAAAAGACUGGGAGAUGUGAGUGAAGGAGGGGAGUUAUGGACGGAAGUGAGCACAAUUGGUAACAUGAAUCACAUGCAUGUAGUGCGAAUGUGGGGAUUCUGCUCGCAGAAACAAAGCAAGCUUCUAGUUUACGAGUAUGUAGAAAAUCUGUCACUUGACAAGAGAUUGUUCUCCUCAAACUUUCUUCAGUGGAAAGAAAGGUUCCAAGUGGCAAUCGGCAUAGCGAAAGGUUUGGCUUAUCUACACCAUGAGUGGCUUGAAUGGGUGAUCCACUGUGAUGUAAAGCCGGAAAACAUUCUUUUAGAUGGUGUGUUCCAACCAAAGAUUGCGGAUUUUGGUCUGGCGAAGUUAAGUGGACAAAACUCCAAGGUUACUAGGAUGAGGGGGACUAGAGGUUAUAUGGCUCCAGAAUGGGCUCACAACCUGCCUAUCACAGCAAAAGUCGACGUCUACAGCUAUGGGGUUGUGGUUUUAGAAAUAGUAAAGGGAGUUCGUCUUUCUAAUGCAAGUACUCAAGGACCCGAAGAAGAAGAAGAAGAAGAAGAAUCAGAGCUUAUGAGGUUUGUGAAGGUAACAAAAAAAAUUAUUACAAAAGAAGAUGAGUCAUGGAUUGAAGAGGUAAUCGAUCCAAGGUUGGGGGAGUUGUUUAGUAGGAAGCAGGCUGCAAAACUUAUUGAGAUCGGUCUAAGUUGUGUGGAGGAAGACAGAAAUAAAAGGCCUACAAUGGAUUCAGUAGUUCAAGUUCUAAUUGAUUGUGAAUCCGAGUAGAUAUUUGUACACACACACACGUACGUACUGCUUUCUUAUUUCAAUAAAAA